UUUCAACCUACAUAGCAAUAAAGUAAAGUGAUGCAAUUAUAUGUAGAAAUAAAAUGUGUUUCUGGCUAUUUUCUUUUUUUAGCAUGCUAUAUUUUUAUGUAGUCGCUUCACUUGUUGUUCCAACAGGCGGGGCUUUCGCUCUUAUCGCUUUAAUAUCGCUUGGCUGCCGUUCCGUUCGUCUGCUCCUGCCGCUCUCUGCCCCACAUGUGCGCGCCUUUGCCUUCUACUGUGCCCUGCAACAUUUUGUUUCUGUGUGGACCAGUGCCCCAGCAAUGUAUCAAGAACAGAAGAAAGACCACAAGACGUAUUGCGCGGCUCUGUGGUGGGCCAUCACGGGAAGAGACAGCAGGGCCACUUUGUUCCGCUUCCAAGAGAAUGAAAGGGCCAGCUGCCUCACUGCGACGACUAUUUCGUGCGCACCGGAACAAUUGUGGCGUUGGACGAGGUGUGCCUCAACGGACGCGGCAGGGUGGUCAUCGACGGACUGCUCAACCAGGAAGAGUGCGACCUUCUGCUUAAGCUGAGCGAUUCGUCAGUCGUGGGCGAUGGCUACGGGAAGGGGCCACAUCCCUCUCUCAAAGAAUGAACUGUUCGUCGGCCUCAGCGCGUUUCAACUGGUCGAUCGCUUACGCAUAUCCUUGGAGAAUGCCACGACGAGCAGACUCCUGUUCCUGGCUUCCCGUAAGGCGCGGCUCGUCACGGAAGCAUACUUCCGGCUGAAGAGGAGGCUUUAUAUGCACUAUGUUCACCUUCAGUGCCGGAUCGCGAUGCCGAACUCCACGGCGCGCCGGAGAGACAUGAGUCACACCAUCCACUCAGACAACUGCGACUUUGCAGACAAUGGCACCUGCAAAAACCCCGAUCACAAGGAACCUCUGUCCUGGCGCGACUACAGCGCAGUGAUCUACUUGAACAGCGACUUUCACGGCGGCCAAACUGUGUUCGCCAAGACACCUCGCACGAGCAUUCGGGGCAUCGUGAGACCCAAGUGCGGCCGCAUGGUGUCGUUCGCGAGCGAGACGGCGCACGGCGUGCUGCCGGUGUUCACCGGCAAGCGAUGCGCCGUGCUCGUCUGGAUGACGCACACACGGCGGAAGGAAGAAAAACGCAGAGCCCUGCUGGACAGCGUGCUGAGGGAGAUCGACGGCCGCGUCCGUAACAGUUCGGAGCGCGACGACCGCUGGGACUUUCUCUGGCAAAUGAAGAGGGACUGACUCCUCGACCGCAAACCUCGUCGCCGGAGCAUUGGGCAACUUCCGUGGACUGCCCGAUAUUUGAGACCGUGGACUGCCCGAUAUAUACCCUCCAACGCCCUCUGGGUCUUGAGGGUAUACUAAUAAUAAUAGGUUUCGAUAGUAGGUGAAGAGGCUCUUCGGUGCGCCCGCAUGUCGGCGAGAAGCAUCGCCAUUUUGAGUAUCGAAACACCAGUCACAAAAAAAAAAAAAAAAAAACGCCUUCGGCUUGCGCUCCCGAAAUUCCGCGUUGCUUACGUUUUGCGAAUCUUGACUGUCCUAGAACUUUGUUUGAGAUCGUCGUUUUGAAUACAGUGGCACCCGAGUAAAACGAACCCGGAUAAACAGAGUUACACUCUAUAUCGAACAGGAGAAGUUUACUGACCUGUACUCAUGUCAAUAAAUCCAUCAUAACGAACUGGACAUUGGAUAUAUCGAGCACGGGGUACCAGCUGCCAGCGCCCUUAAGUCUCUCUGAAUGUGUUUUUUUGCCACUGGGAGAAGGGCAUGUGGAGGGGCAUGAGAGUUCUGAGCGCGCAGUCGGCUUGCUUAACCAAGCUUGCUU